AUGUAUAUAUCUCCUCUGCCGGGAAGGCAAGCAGUAAACUCUACCACAUACAGCCCCCGUAACGUUCGGGCCGCACAAAAAUGGCAAAAGACCCUCCCCAAGCCCAUGUCCGACACACUAAUCUCGUCGGACCUGAUCACCUAUCUGGACGGCGACAUCCAGAAGCCAGAUCUAGCCCUUCCCCCUCAACCUCGCUUACACUCCUUAAAAACCACCACCGAGAUCAUCAUCCACGCCGCCUCAUCCAUCAACCUCGUGGACCCGCUCCACAAACUAUCCCAAAGCAUCAUCGGCGCUACCGAACGGCUUGCCCACUUCGCGCUAUCCUGUCCCCACCUCCACCGCUUCGUGUACAUUUCCUCUGCCUUCGCGAACAGUCUUUACGCGGAAGCCUCCUCCCGGGCCGCCGUCGAUGUUUCGGUCCGAGAAACGCUAUACCCGCUUCAUCAAUCACCGUCAUCCUCCUCCCCAUCCAUCUCCACAGCAACAACCUACAAAGAGCUCCAAUCCCGAGGUACAACCACAGAAUAUGAGUCGCAGCCACACGAUAUCCCCUGGCCCUACGCCUACGCUAAGCAACGCUCAGAGCGGGUCCUCCUCCAAACCUUUAACCAUGACCAAAACCACAACCAUAACCAUGUUGCCUUCCCCAACAAUACGCCCAUCCAUCUUCGGCCUGGCCCAGAACUUCCCUUGCCGGGGCUUCAGCCUAUCCUUAUGAGCACCACUAACCACUCUAGCAACAUUGGUAUCGCUUACCCCCUCAAUCCGGUCCCAAGCCGCGACACGCGCCAAGACUCCCGGCACGGGAGCUACAUCGGACGAAGUGCCCGGGAACGUGGUUGUGGAUGCUGUUUCACCUUGCCUACAGGAGUGAUGGCAUCGUGCACUCCGCCUGCGGUGAUCCGGGCUGCCCGACAUCACACCGCCCGCGGCGAAGCAGCCAUCAAUAUCGGCCUUGGUGUCAUAGUGGAUGACGGCUUUGUAGCUGAGGCGCAAAAUUCAUAG